AUGAAUUUUCGCAUCCAGUACUUCACCCACUUCAAUACUCAGGGCAUCGAGUGGGCCAGGCCCUGUGCUAUUAAGGAGACCACAGUCCAGCAGAGGGAGCCAGACUCGAGCCCUUCUUCCCGCCAUUCCCAGCCCCAGCCUCCAAGGAUGCGGCUCCUCGGGAAACUCCGUUCUACUGCAGCAGGCAGCACCGCUUCGGAGCCAGCCUUCUCCAACGUGCUCACUCCGGGACGCAUCCCUGAGUUCUGCAUCCCGCCGCGGCUGCCCGGCCUGGCCGGGGGCGCCCCGGAGCCCCGCGCCGUGGGCUGCCGCCUCAGCCUGGUCCUGCAGCCGCCGGGCACGACGCGCAAGCGGCGCAGCGCCGUGGGGGGACGCAGCCGCAAGGCCGCCUUCGACCAGGACUUCUGCUUCGACGGGCUCACCGAGGACGAGCUGCGCCGCCUGGCCGUGCGCGUCAAGGCCGAGGGCAAGGGCCGCGGCCUGGAGCGGGGCCGCCUGCUGGGCCAGGGCGAGCUGCCGCUGGGCUCCCUCCUGCUCCUCUGAGGGCCCCGGGCCCCUCGGGGCGCCUUCUCUCUGCCGGACACUCGGACGCUGACAGCCACUUUGUACAAAAUAAACGUUAUGUAUUUAUUUUUCUAUUUAUGAUCCUGCUUUAUUGACGUUUUAGUUCUUAGGCACCUGCCUUUGUCAUGGCUUUUUGGUAGGGAAGGAAAAAGUAAUGACUCCCUUCUCCAUUCACAGCACCUGGUCCCUCUUUCCAGAGCAUUUUACAUUCAAAGGAAAAAAAGGCCGGCUUGAGACUGGAAGAGAUUAUAAGCGUAUCUUGGUGGGAAGAGAAUUCCUUUUCCAUUAAGAAAGAACAGGAUUCUUUUGACAUGUGAAGUCUUCAAAAAUUGCUGGAGAAGAGGAAAACAAAGGAAGUGGCGGAUCUUUCCGCUGGUAGUUAUGUAGGGAGUAGAUAUUCCUGGCAUCGCUCUCCUCUUUCUCCAGAAACAGCCCUGGGAAACGUUACUGUUCCAGAAACGAAAUCUUUCCUACUUCUGUAAGCAAGUUGAUAUUUUUUGUGGCAUUAUUCCCAUUGAGCUGAAUAGCUAAAUUACAUAGUACUUAGCUUUGCGAUAGGAUUUCCCAGAUGAAUUGGAAAAUAAAUUGUCGGUUUCUUGAA